GUGGUCUGGGAGAUGGGGACGUCAAUAUAUGUGAGGACACAUGCUGUAUUCCGCACGGCUAGCAGCGACACCAGCUGCCCCACUAGCUUACUACACCGUGCACCAUCUUUGAUCGGAGCUACUAGGAUGUCACUUACAAGAUGCUUACUUUCACACACCUUCGACUUCACACACUCAAUACACUGAUCUCGUCAUAGGAGAUAGGUUCUGAUGUACAAUCUUUAAGAUGGCAGCAUCCUAUGUGAUAAGACUGGACUAUGAUGACGCCAAACACUCUUGUACUGGCUCUUCUCAAUGUGGUCGUAGAAGCUAGUGAUGAGAAUGAUAUUACACCUCUUCAACCCGCACUCAAUUUGUCGAAAACUUCCAACAUGGCAUCACAAGAAACUCAGCAUCAGGAGGCAUACUAUCUCUAUUUCAUAGGGACUGUGGGAAUGGUGCUCAACUUGGUGGUGGUCAUCACCAUACUGGUGCGGAGAACACUCCGCAAGAUGACCAGUGCAUUCCUCAUCCAUUGCUGCUUUUUGAACUUCCUCAAGUCAGUGUACUGCAUUCCAUUUGGAUACAACCUAACUCACUCGACUGACGUCGGUGACUGCUCUUUCCAAGGAUCAAGCUACAUCAUCAUCAUCACUGCAUCGUCUUUCAACCUGAUGGCGAUGAUAUGUACAGAGGCGUACACCUUUGGUGAGACCAACAUUGGAGGCAAUUCACGAGGCAGUGUGUGUUGUGUUUUGUUUGGAAUAUUAACUGUGUAUGUGACGAGCACGAUUGUUCACCUAGGGCCGACACUGAUUGGUGGCUACUUUGAGUUUAAUUCUGACAUCGGAAGCUGUGCCUUUAUACUAGGUGAGGCCAUGGGAUAUAUUGCCAACAUCAUGUGGAUCAUGAUCAUCACCUUGACCUUCAUCGGUGCCUCUCAUUUCCUGUGUAAGUUUUACAAAGAGAUUCAAAUGAAUCAGCCCAACAGAGUGUCCAUGCUAGUCCGGACAUCCAUAACGAUCAUGGAUGAUCCACACAGAAAACAGUCAACAAGUAGUAUCCGUGCUCUCAUAGAAGAUUCAAAGCAUCGAGCAAAAAUCUUUGUGAUGACAGUUAUCGAGUUUAUUAUUUGCUGGUACCCGCUGUUCCUACUUCUGAUCAUAGAUGUUAAUUUUAAGGUGUCACCAAAAGUGUACCAGGCUUUCAGUUUUAUUGCCUGGUCUCAAGGAAGCAUUGAGCCAAUGCUGUACAUCUUGUUUGACCGAAAUCUCGAUCUGUUAGCUAGUUCUGUUUACUGUGAUCGAUACAAAAAAUACAACCGGGACACCAUCGCGUACCUCAUGUCACGCCACCGGCAGCCAGCAUCUUCCACAUCAGCUAUGACAAUGGAUCCUGGAAUGGAUUACGUUCCUUGUAGACACUGUCACCAUGGUGAUGAGAGUUACGUAGGAAACCCAACACUUUCUGCAAGUCAACAAGGCCACCAGUCCUCUCUAAGUCCAGUUGCAAUGUCAAUGGGUAAUGAUAAUCAAGAUGAAAUUUUAGAUGAGAAAGGUCUGCCUCUUGAGGUACAGUGUUAAACAUAAUAUACAGUGUCAAAUUCAGGAAUUACAGAGAGCAUUCUAUUUGUAAUUUAUCAGGAGUUACAAUUACAAAUCUGUGGUUUAUGAAGAUUUACCAACAAUGUAUACUGAAGUCAUCAAUAUUUACUGUGGAAUGUGUUUUUCUAGUCCACCUCGAUUUAGCGUGAGACAUUCAUUUAUGGAUUAUUAGAAUUCAGAAUUUAUCUGUGGUCUAUCAGGAUUUGGAGUGGAAUCUGUUUGUGAUCUACAAGAUUUAUAAAUAGAUAUUCAAUUUGUAGUCCAACAGGUUUUAAAAUGAGAAAUAUAUUUGUGAUCUAUCAGAAAUCGCAGAAAAAGAAAUAUGAUUUAUCUGUAAAUCUACAAUAAAUUUAAAGAAUAUAUUCAUAUCAUUCUAUGUUUUUUCCUAUUAAAAAAUCUACACCUAUAACACAUUUUUCUUAGUGUAAUUCACACUUACAAGAUAAAUUAAGAUAUAAAGUGUUUUCCAUGAUGAUAGAAUUACUGUCUUAAAUCCUGAUUUAAAGAAAUGACCACUUUGGAAGGUAAACCAAGAAAGUCAGAAUGCCAUAUUAAUUCCAGUUGUGAAGUGCUGUGUGCAAUAAUAAAAACUUAAUUAAAGUGUAAACAGCACAGAAAAUUCACAGACACUACAGCCAGUAUACUAUGUGUAAUUCCAAACCAAUGGAUGCCUGAAUUAAGAGUAAAAACAGCUAAAUACGCACAACAAUAUGAGUAUAUAUGUACUAACACAUGCAAAUUGAAGAAAAUAAAAUUAUUUCACAAGAUGGUGAAAGAGAACAGGACAAAAGCUAAUAUGUGAAAAAUGUAAUUUACAUUUCAAAGAUAUAAUGAGAUGACGAGAUGUAGGUAAUUGGUAGAAUACUCGCCUAAAGUAUGAUUGGUUGUAGAAAUGAUCACCCGCAGUUGACCCCUUCCCUACCAGUACCCUAUCAUUUGGUAAGUCAAAGGUAUGUGCUGUUCUGUCUGUUGGAAAGUGCAUAUAAAAAUGCCUUGCUGUCAUUUUGUAGGAGUAGUCCAUGAGGUACAGCAGGUUUCCUUUCUCCCUGUGGAGACCAAGUGUUGCAAUAUGAUAGAUAUCAAAUAGUUGUAUUUUAAAAUGUGCUGAGGUGUUGUUAAAACAAACAUUCCUUUCCUUUUCGUUCAGAUGUGACAACAUUUCAUACCCUUGUACUUUGUAAACACUAGGCUGUUUAGUUCAAGAUAACCAGUCAUAGGUAGAUGUUUGUAUUAACAUUUACCACUCAACUGCACUUUUUAUAUUUGACUAAAAUGUUGUGUCUUUGUACAUGCAAGUGAGAAAAAUGCAGAUCCAACCAAUACAAGCUAUACUGACAUCCAAAAGAAACUUUACAAGGCUUAAAACUGUAUUACAGAAAAAAAGAAAAGAAAAGGUAUAGUGGGAUAAGAAACUAUUAUGAAGUUCAAUAUCUAAACGUAACAAUGCACUUCCUUUGUAAGGUGUUUUUCAAUUUGCAACAAUUUUUAUCAAAUUAUUCAAAUUUUAUGUAUAUGAAGUUUCUUUUGGACAUCAGUAUAUACUAAACAUUUUCUCUAAUGUCGACCAAUUAAAGGUUCUUGUUAUAUACUUAAAUGUGAGAUACUAGUAAUCUAAUAAUAAAAUGCCUGCAUAAGAAAGCCAAUUGAAAAUACAGCUUUAAAGAUAAUAUUUAAUUUGUUAUAUUUGCUCAUUAUGAAUUAAAUUGAUCAAUGAUCUUUAGAGCUGAACAGAACAGAAGGUAUAAGUUAUAUUGUCUAAAAAUUCUAGUACUAUAGUAGUUUGUUUACUACAUAUUUACAAAAAAUCUACAACUUUAAUUUACAACUGACAUAGUUUUUUAAACAUAUUUGAUGAAUCUUUUUAUUAUCAAUCAGAACUUUUGUUGAAAUCGUGUUUGAGUACCUUGUACUGGUUUCAACUUGUAGUGUAUACUGCAUAGCAAAUGUAUACUCAAUAAAAGUGUAUUCAUUUAUGGCAAUGGAUAUUAAUAGUAUUUGCACAAAUAAUCAAUGUCACAAAUUAUUUCCAAUCAGCUGGUAUAAUACUAUAAUGCAACCUGCAGUGCUCCAUAUUUUUUGGCAAAUACAGGCAUAGUAGGAACAACUUUUUAUUGUUUAGUACACAAUGUUUUCAUGGUAAUCUGAAAGUUUCAAUGAACAAAUGCGACAAAUAAAUAUUACUGUAAAACAUGUAAUUUUACAUGUACUUGUAGCACAAUCUAGCAAGUAGAUUUUUUAAGCCCCAGAUUACCAGCUAACGUAAACAGCAGAAUAGACGGUAUUAGUCUGUAGCUGAUCGGUGUGUUUUCCUUUUCCCCCUUUACAGUUCAUAAUAUGCAAGUAUAGACAUGGUGACUGCAGCCUCAAGAAAACCAAAAAACAAAACAAACAACAACACAAAACAAAAACAACAAAAAUUACAGGAGGCUGCUACAAAACAAAACACACUGUAAAUUCUUGCAUUGUCACAAACAAUAGUUCUUUGAUAAUUCACAUCUAUUUAGAUUACAAGAUUCAGUUUUGUCACAAACUCAAUUUUAAAUUCUGUUCAUUGUCCUACAAAACUUUACCAUUUUGGAUAAUCUACAGCCGGGGGAAUUAACAGUGAUUCAUUAACAUUAGGUAAUGUAAAAACAAGCAUGACAUAUCAUCUGUGACUAAAUCGGUUUAAUACAGAUCAGUGUGAAAGAUCGCUAGAGAGAUGAAUUAAGGGCAAUAUCUUAAAGCUGUGGACAUAGAUUAGCAGGAAACAACUACCCGGUAUUUUCCUUUGUGUCGAGUUUUUUCCUGCAAUCUGAUACAUAUGCAUAAAGCAAUGUUCUUUAUGACGGAAAUUCAUUGAACCAACCUGUUAUUGGAAUGUAUUGUGUACACCAAAACACCUUAAAAUUUGAUUUCAUAAUCUUUAAUAAGGCUUUAAUUUUUAUAUUUUGGAGUGAUAUUAUGUUUAAAACUUACAUAAAUGUUUUGUUGUGUUUUGUUAUUUCGUAAAUUUUUUAAUUAAUUAUUAUUUUAAUUUUUUUUUGGUCAUUCAUAAACAUGUAAUGUCUAGCAUUAGGAGUUUGAAUUUCUGUAUGUUUUGCACUUCAAUCAUUUCAUCGCUCCAUAUCAUAAGUUAACUUUGUGUCUACCAGAUCAAUUAGUAAAACAUCUGGUAUUUUAUUUCAAUUUCCAGUGUUUUACUCUCUUAGUCUAAAUAUUAUUAUACAUGUAGCCACUUGCUCUUGACACUGUUUUAUCUAACUGUAUAUCUGUGACUUAUACUAUAAUUAAAAUGAUUACAGAUACCAUUUAAUGAUCUGAGUAUUAAAAAAUUAAUGAAUCUUCAAGAAAAACUAAUUUCCCAAAUACGUGUUUUUUCUGAACCCACCCCUCCCCCAACUACAUGUAUAUGUAAGUUUUGUUGAAAUAAAUAGCUGCACUAGCUACUGCCUUAAGUUAAUAGAUUUUAAAGAAUUCUUUAAAACUAAACAAAAACUAUUUUUGUCUUGCACUUGCUGAAAUGG